AUAAAUCUCCCUCCCUCCCUCUCUAUACAUAAAAUAAAUGCAAGUGUGCAGCAACUGGACAAGACAAGGAGAGAGACGCCCGCAUUUGUGUUUGUAUGAUGAAGUCAAAAGCCCACCAUCCCUCAUUUCUCCAUCUGACAGCGCUACCUUUCCUUUCUUUCUCUUGAAGGUUUCCUCAAUAGAUAUACCAAACAAACAAACCCAUCUUCGCCUCCCUUCUCUCUAUCUGCUCCUUUCUUCUUCAUAAAAAAAUGGGUGCUUCACCCAUCUUCAUUUCUUUCAAUGGCUACACUGGCUCUUAGUAUCAUCAUUCACACCUUAUCUCGCUCUCUUCAAUCUGUCUUCCAUCUCUGUGCAACUUUCUUCUCUCUCCUUAACUGCUAUGGGGGUCCAAGAUUUAUGGGUUCUCUUUCUUGUUCUUGGAUUCUUAAUGUUUCGAGCUCAGGUCCUGCAAUCACAGAACCUAACAUGCAACCAGGAUGACUUGAAGGCAUUGCAGGAUUUCAUGAGAGGCUUGCAGUUACCCAUUCAAGGUUGGGGUGCUACCAAUUCAUCAUCUCCUGAUUGCUGCAACUGGUUCGGCAUCACUUGCAACUCUUCCUCUUCUCUUGGUCUAGUAAAUGAUCCUGUCGAUUCUGGUAGAGUGACAAAGUUAGAGCUCCCAAAGCGAAGACUGACUGGCGAGCUUGUGGAAUCAAUAGGCAGCUUGGAUCAGCUUAGAACCCUCAAUCUCUCCCACAAUUUCCUCAAAGAUUCACUUCCUUUCUCGCUGUUCCAUUUGCCAAAACUAGAGGUUCUAGACUUGAGUUCCAAUGACUUCACUGGCUCAAUCCCACAAAGUAUCAAUCUUCCCUCGAUCAUUUUCCUUGACAUUUCCUCAAAUUUUCUAAAUGGCUCGCUUCCUACCCAUAUCUGCCAAAACUCUUCUGGAAUCCAGGCUCUUGUUUUGGCAGUCAACUACUUCUCUGGUAUUCUUUCACCUGGAUUAGGGAAUUGCGCUAACUUGGAGCACCUUUGUCUUGGCAUGAAUAACCUCACUGGUGGUAUAAGUGAGGAUAUCUUUCAGCUUCAGAAAUUGAAGCUUUUGGGUCUCCAAGAUAACAAGCUUUCUGGGAAUUUGAGUACUGGUAUUGGUAAACUCCGUAGCCUUGAACGUUUAGACAUUUCCUCCAAUAGUUUUUCAGGUACAAUUCCAGAUGUUUUUCAUAGCUUGUCAAAGUUCAAUUUUUUCCUAGGCCAUUCUAAUGAUUUUGUUGGCACCAUACCCCACUCCUUGGCAAAUUCUCCAUCUCUCAAUUUGCUUAAUUUGAGGAACAAUUCAUUUGGAGGCAUUAUUGAUCUGAAUUGUUCUGCCUUGACUAAUUUGUCAUCUCUUGAUUUAGCUACUAAUAAUUUUAGUGGGCCCGUGCCUGUUAAUCUUCCUUCUUGUAAGAAUUUGAAGAAUAUUAAUCUUGCCCGGAACAAGUUUACUGGACAAAUCCCAGAAAGCUUCCAGCAUUUUGAAGGCCUUUCCUUCCUUUCCUUCUCAAAUUGCAGCAUUGCCAAUCUUUCAUCUGCCCUUCAAAUCCUUCAGCAAUGCAAGAAUUUAACGACCUUGGUCCUCACCUUGAACUUCCAUGGUGAAGAAUUGCCCGAUAAUCCUGUGCUUCACUUUGAGAACUUGAAGGUUCUUGUUAUGGCUAAUUGUAAACUCACAGGGUCAAUACCCCAAUGGUUGAUCGGCAGCUCCAAAUUGCAGUUGGUGGAUUUGUCAUGGAACCGCUUGACUGGGUCUAUUCCUUCCUGGUUUGGUGGUUUUGUAAAUCUCUUUUACUUGGACUUAUCAAACAAUUCAUUCACUGGCGAGAUUCCAAAGAACUUGACUGAAUUGCCAAGUCUCAUCAACAGGAGUAUCUCAAUCGAGGAGCCUUCACCGGAUUUCCCAUUUUUCCUGACAAGGAAUGAAAGUGGGAGGGGGUUGCAGUAUAAUCAGGUCUGGAGCUUUCCAUCUACUUUGGCGCUCAGUGACAACUUCCUCACUGGACGAAUUUGGCCAGAAUUCGGAAAUUUGAAAAAACUCCAUAUUUUUGAGUUGCGUUCUAACAAUUUGUCCGGACCUAUACCAAGUGAGUUAUCAGGGAUGACCAGCUUGGAGACUUUGGAUUUGUCCCAUAACAAUCUUUCUGGGACCAUACCCUGGUCCUUGGUAAAUCUCAGUUUUCUGUCCAAGUUUAGUGUUGCAUACAAUCAGCUCCAUGGGAAGAUCCCUACUGGAAAUCAGUUUAUGACCUUCCCAAACUCAAGCUUUGAAGGGAAUCAUCUUUGUGGCGACCAUGGUACUCCUCCUUGCCCAAGAUCCGAUCAGGUUCCACCUGAAGCAUCCGGAAAAUCAGGAAGAAACAAAGUUGCUAUCACUGGAAUGGCUGUUGGGAUUGUUUUUGGUACAGCUUUCCUUCUUACCCUCAUGAUCAUGAUUGUGCUACGAGCACAUAGCCGAGGCGAGGUUGAUCCUGAAAAGGUGGAUGCUGACACAAAUGACAAAGAAUUAGAAGAAUUCGGAUCAAGGUUAGUGGUUCUGCUUCAAAAUAAGGAGAGCUAUAAAGAUCUCUCGUUGGAGGACCUUUUGAAGUUCACCAACAAUUUUGACCAGGCGAAUAUCAUUGGCUGUGGGGGUUUUGGUCUAGUUUACAGAGCUACCCUCCCUGAUGGUAGGAAGCUUGCGAUUAAACGUCUCUCUGGUGACUCUGGUCAAAUGGACAGGGAAUUCCAUGCUGAAGUUGAAGCCCUGUCAAGAGCUCAGCAUCCAAAUCUUGUGCAUCUCCAAGGCUUUUGCAUGUUAAAAAAUGACAAACUCUUAAUAUACUCUUACAUGGAAAACAGCAGUUUGGAUUAUUGGUUGCAUGAAAAACUCGACGGGCCAUCCUCCCUUGAUUGGGAUACAAGGCUCCAAAUUGCUCAAGGGGCUGCAAGGGGGCUUGCAUAUUUGCAUCAAGCAUGCGAGCCACAUAUCGUUCACCGGGAUAUAAAGUCCAGUAACAUCCUUUUAGACGAGAAUUUUGUAGCUCAUUUAGCUGAUUUUGGUCUUGCUAGGCUCAUAUUACCUUAUGAAACCCAUGUCACAACUGAUCUUGUGGGGACAUUAGGCUACAUUCCUCCUGAAUAUGGCCAGGCUGCAGUGGCUACUUACAUGGGGGAUGUGUAUAGUUUUGGAGUUGUUCUUUUGGAGCUUCUUACCGGGAAAAGGCCCAUGGAUAUGUGCAAACCAAAAGGAUCACGGGAUUUGAUCUCUUGGGUGAUUCAGAUGAAGAAGGAAAAUAGAGAAAGCGAGGUGUUUGAUCCAUUCAUUUAUGACAAGCAGAAUGAUAAGGAGUUACAACGAGUUCUCGAGAUUGCAUGCCUUUGCUUGAGCGAAUACCCAAAGCAAAGGCCUUCAACAGAGCAGUUAGUUUCUUGGCUUGACAACAUCGACACCAACACCUAGCUUUCCUAUCUGUUUGAUCGAGACUCUGGCUUGUACAGCUAGAUAUAUUCCUUGUACACAAAAUAGAAAAUCCAUCACAACCCAUUGGUGUUUUUUGUAUGAGUUGAUGAUCCUACUGUAAAUAUUAACCACAUACUUGGGUUCUCACAGUUUGCUGCUAUUCAGGGUGGAGGAGAGGUAGGGAUCUAACCAAGGCAAGGAAAAAUAGCUAUAUUGGAAGUCUUUGCGUUGGAAUUCAGUUCUUUGUAGAGAAAAUUGUUAAUUCUCAGACGUGCACAAAUAAAGUUUCUGCCACAUUUUCUUUGC